AUGGAGGCACCAACUCCCAUCCUCCAACUCUCCAGCUACCUCAUCCGCCCCUUCUACCCUGGCGAUGUAGAAGCCAUUGCGAAAGAAGGCAACAAUCCCGAAAUCGCCCGUUGGCUACGCAGUCGAUUCCCCGAGCCCUAUACCAUCGAAGACGCCAAGACCUGGAUAUCAAUCGCGACCUCUAGCUCACCGAUCCUCGAUUUCGUCAUUAGCCGGCGGGAGGAUAAUAUCGCCAUCGGAGCUAUUGGGUUAAAAGCCAGGGACGAUGUAUACUAUCGGACUAUGGAAAUUGGGUACUGGCUAGGUCAAGACCAUUGGGGAAAGGGUAUUGCGACGGAAGCACUAUCUGCAAUGACUACUUGGACCUUUGAGAAUUUUGCACAUGUUUUGAAGCUGGAGGCGGAGGUUUUUGAUGGGAAUGAGGCAAGUCAAAAAGUGUUGGUGAAGGCGGGGUAUGAGCUUGAGGGGAGAAGAAGGAAAGCCGUUGAGAAAAAGGGCAUUGUUAUGGAUACGCUUAAUUUCUAUGUAACCCCAUUGGGGGAACCGCUCCACUUCGCCUUCAGUCAGCGAACCGCGCCCAACCGUUUUUACAAGGGUGCCAUGACGGAGCGGUUAUCGUCCUGGUCCCCGACAGAUCUGAAAGCGCGCGGAAUUCCCAGCAAUGAGUUGAUCAAUCUGUACAAGCGCUGGGGUGAGAGCGGCUACGGCAUGCUCUCCACCGGAAAUAUUAUGCUUGCAUACGAUCAGCUGGAGGCCCCGGGAAACCCCAUCAUUGAUCUUGAGAAUCCCUUCCAUGGAGAGCGUUUUGAGGCGUUCUCUCGCAUGGCGGCGGAGUCGAAGAAACAUGGCAGCUUGAUCGUCGCGCAGGUCAGUCAUCCCGGUCGCCAGGUGGAAGAGCGCGUGCAGGCCGAUCCCGUAUCGGCGAGCGAUGUGCAGCUGCAGACGGAGGCGCUUAAGAUGACGUUUGCGAAACCACAUGCCGCCUCUAAGGAUGAGAUCCGGGAUCUCGUUAAAAGGUGGACUCAUGCUGCGGUCUACCUGCACAAGGCGGGAUUUGAUGGCAUCCAGCUGCAUGGCGCGCACGGGUAUCUGCUGGCUCAGUUCCUGUCGCAGACCACGAACAAGAGGACCGACGAGUAUGGCGGAAGUCUGGAGAACCGGGCACGUCUGAUUGUCGAGGUUGCCCGGUCCAUUCGGCAGCAGUUGCCGUCAUCGUCCGGGUUUAUUCUGGGUAUUAAGAUCAAUUCGGUCGAGUUCCAGGCCGAGGGGUUUACCCCGGCCGAAGCUCAACAACUUUGUCAGAUUCUGGAACAAAAUGAGUUCGAUUUUGUGGAGCUCUCUGGUGGAACGUAUGAGGCACCCGCCUUCUCGCGCGACCGGGAUUCCACCAGGAACCGAGAAGCCUUCUUCCUGGAAUUCGCAUCCAUGAUUACCCCUGUGCUGAGCAAAACCAAGAGCUACGUUACUGGCGGUCUCCGCACGGCGUCGGGAAUGGUGGCUGCACUGGAGACGGUGGAUGGUGUCGGUUUGGCUCGACCUGCUUGUCAAGAAUUUAACCUCCCUCGCGAUAUCCUUGAGGGCCGAGUGACUGGCGUAAUUGAGCAAAAGGUUGAUCAGCAGAACUUUGGUUUGACGAGCGCCGCCGCGGGUACGCAAAUGAAGCAAGUGGGCAAGGAUGAGCAGCCAAUCGAUCUAAGUGACGAAGAGAAUCUGGCGCUCUUCAUGAAGCACCUGGGGGAAUGGGCCCAGCAGAUUCAGGAAGACGCACCCAAAAUGAACAUGUAUGGGUUCAUGGAUCUCCCCAAGGGGGAGGCUUUCCGGGGAUAA